AUGUCCGCGAAGGGUCCCGUUAUUGUCAUCACAGGAACACCAGGAACAGGAAAAUCUACCCAUGCGCAACUGCUGGCCCAGGAAUCGCCAGUCCCGUUGAAACACAUCAACGUAGGCGAUUUGGUCAAGGAAAAGGGAUUCUACGAGGAAUUUGAUCAGGAGUGGGAAAGCUACACGGUGGAUGAAGACAAGUUGCUGGACGAACUCGAAUUAAUAGUGGAAGAGGGUGGUGUCAUCCUCGAUUGGCACACAUGCGAGAUUUUCCCUGAACGAUGGCCCGACCUGGUGGUCGUUCUGCGAUGCGACCAUGGUAAACUGUGGGAGCGACUCGAACAACGGUUGGAUCUAUUCACAUUGACGUGA